AUGUCCAGGUCUUACGAUCGCGCCCUCACCGUCUUCUCUCCCGACGGCCACUUAUUCCAGGUAGAGUAUGCUCUCGAAGCAGUCAGGAAAGGGACUUGCGCUGUUGGCGUUCGAGGCAAGGACGUUGUCGUCCUCGGAGUCGAGAAGAAGUCCAUUCUCCAAUUGCAAGAUCCGCGAACGGUCCGCAAAGUCGUCAUGCUAGACGAUCAUGUUUGUCUUGCCUUUGCUGGUUUGACUGCAGAUGGACGGGUCUUGAUCGAUAAAGCGCGUAUGGAGUGUCAGAGCCAUCGCCUGACAGUGGAAGACCCUGUGACCGUCGAGUAUAUCACAAGACACAUUGCAGGGAUCCAGCAGAGAUACACGCAAUCCGGAGGUGUCAGGCCGUUUGGCAUCUCCACCCUUAUAGUUGGAUUCGAUCCUCAUGACUCGAAACCACGCCUCUACCAAACAGAGCCCAGCGGUAUCUACAGUGCAUGGAAGGCAAAUGCCAUUGGCCGGUCUUCCAAAACGGUCCGAGAGUUUUUGGAAAAAAAUCACCGCGAUGACAUGGCCAGAGAAGAAACCAUCAAACUCACGGUGAAGAGCUUGCUUGAGGUUGUGCAAACAGGUGCCAAAAACAUCGAAAUCAGUGUCAUGGAGGGUUAUGGCAAAGUAACUAAUCUGGAACUCUCCGAAAUUGAGGGAAUAGUCUCAGAUAUCGAGCGCGAGAAGGAAGCGGAGGCGGAAAGGAAACGCUCACGACUCGCGGCGACUGCGGCUGGCCAAGCUGUAAUGACUCAACGUGCUGGAGAGUAA